AGAACAAAACAGAAGAAAUGGUGUGUCUUUUACAAUCAAAGUGAAGAAGUGCCACUUUUAGAAUUUUAUGAAAAUCAAGAUGAAGCAAAAAAGAAUUCCAAGCACAAGAAGUCCCACCCAUUGAGACAAGUAAAAAGUAUCGACACCGUGAAUAAGUCCAGCAGUAAAGACUUUUACAUAGAUAUUCACAUGAAAAGAGAGAGACUGACUCUGUGCUUUGAUUGUGAGGCUGAGCUGGAGGACUGGAGUACUGUUCUGCACAAUUAUGUUAUAAUCAUAUCAGCAGACGGCGGGUCUGGUGCAACCAUCGGGGAUGAGGAUGACGAUGGAUCAACAUUCAAAGCAAAUAUGCUGUACGAGUCUUCAGAAGACACCAUUGCAUUUGAUGUGACAAUAGAACCAACACCGGCAUCCACAAAGAAACGCCUUGAAGCAGACAAGCCAUAUCGCCUACUGGUCACCAUGACAAACAUCUAUUUGGAAGAUCCAUCAAAAGAAAACCCCUUGCUCUUCCGUUGGAUGUAUGAGUACAUACGGUCAUAUGGAACUGCAAAAAGUACUGGUUUGUUUAUGAUAUCUGCUGGACGGCGGUCAGAGACGGGGGAAGGUGAGUUCUCAUUCAAAGUUAGUAAUCCUAAAGCUGUUGACCAAGCUAUAGACUUACAAACCCAGCGAAAGUUUAACCUCAAACUUCAGCAGCAACAUUCUAGAGCUGAUGAUACAGAAAUCAGCACAGAUAAUCUCCGGACCUCUACAUCGUCAAAACGUCCUGUAAGUAGUCCCGCAGGUAAACUUGACAAUUCAGAGGCUGGCUCAAGGUCCAGUCUCAAAGGGGCAGCUAAAACAGAUAAAUUCCAGAAGGAAUUAUCUGCAAGUAUUGCUUCUAGACAAUCAUCAGAUAAACAGAGAUAUAGUAAGAAAAAUGAGGAAAAGGAAAAGGACAAAAAAGAAGAAAAGGAAAAGGACAAAAAAGAAGAUAAGAAAGUAGGUUUUCCUUUUUUUGGGAAAAAGAAGGAUAAGAAAACAAAAGAACAGGAAAAAGAAUGUCUUGAGCCUAAACCAUUACAGCGAAAGGGGUCAUCAUUUGACGAUCAUAUUUACGAUGAAGCUGUUCCCCAGAUUCAGCCUGUUUUAUCUUCCAGAGAGGAUAUGUACUCUGAUGUACAGAAAGUGUCUGGAAGCUGGAAAACGCACGGUCAAAGAUCAUCGGAAAUACAUGUGGAAAAUUACGGUAGCUUAACAUUAGCAGGAAAAGAAAACAAGACUGGAAAUAAGAUUCCACUCCCCCCGAUUAAUGAUGACGAUGAUGAUGAAAUGUAUGACACGCUGGAACCCAAAGGGGGCCAGAAACCAAAGGGUACGGCCCCGGAGGAGAGUCUGUAUGGUUCCAACAGUGGGCGGCUCUUAUCUGAAAUACCAACAAAAAGCACCCAGCUGGACGAACAAACCUAUGAUGACGUGGCAUCACUGCAGCCCAGAGCACAGGUUCAGUAUAGUGAGGAAGCAUGCGAGUACGAAACUGUCGAUGUGUCGUAGACGGAUUGACCAGUGAAAAUAGGGGUUUAACAGUUCUACAUGCAUGUGUGAAUCGGUAGGAAAAUGUCAACAAUCAUAUUAAAAUGGUGUGAUAGAGUUGAUUUAAAACAAACAUUUGACAAACUUACUACAAAAUAUGCAUCCUAUACAUUUACAAUGAGCUCCAAUACUGUGUUUUUUGAAAUAUUUUUUGCCAUGAUCAUAUGAACUGCAACUGGUAAAAUGCAUUUUUCCUUUUAAUGUCAAAGUCAAGGUUUUUAAUUCUUUAUAAUAUCUUACAUAGUGGAUUACUGACAGAAAUUUUCAUUUUCGAUGAUCUGGUAAUUCAGAAUGUAUCUUCUUCAAACUGCCGCCAGAUGGAGCGCAUUUAAAUAAUGACAUGUUCAUAUACUUCUUCAGACACAAACACUGCAAAAAUACACAAUGGUAUUAUUUUUGUUAUUUUUCCUUACAUUAAUAAUUUUCAUUUCAGUCACUUUAUAUGUGUUUUUAAU